AUUUCUUACGUGGCCAUAUUUUUGCGAGGUGCAUGAGUGAAGCUCCAAAGAGACAAAGAUGUCGUCCAAGAAAGCGAGCACCUCCUAGACGAAGAGUACAUCCAAGAAGCCUUUCACCGAGUCCAUUAAGGUCACAACCUACAAACACCAUGGGGGAGCGAAAGACAAUGAGGGAAUACACUAGUCCCACAAUUGUUGAUCAUCCUUCUUGUAUUGUGCUCCCUCCAUGUGAGCAUCAUUUUGAGAUCAAGCCAAGUACUUUGAGCAUUCUACCCGUAUUCCAUGGCAUGCCCUCAAAUAAUCCCUAUGAUCAUAUUGCGGAGUUUGAAGAAGUGUGUACUACUGUUCAACUACAUGGUCUCAAUCCUGAUGGUUUGAAGCUUAGAUUGUUCCCUUUCACACUCAAGGACUGUGCGAGGAAGUGGUUAAGUAAGUUGCCUCCUAGAUCCAUACGCACAUGGGUUGAGAUGCAAGAAACUUUCUUGGGAAAAUAUUUUCCUCCUUCAAGAACUUCCAAUGUUAGAGAUGAGCUUGUUGCAUUCCGACAACUUCCACAAGAAAGUUUUAAUGAGUGUUGGGAGCGAUUCAAGGACUUGGAGAUGUCAUGUCCUCACCAUGGGUUAGAGAAGUGGUUCCUUGUGGACAAGUUCUAUAGAGGAUUGAUGCCGGAUCAAAGACAAAGGGUUGACACUUUUAGUGGUGGAACUAUUGCAAGUAAACUCCCAGAUGCCGCUUGGGACACAUACGAGGAGCUUUCUCUCAACUCCCUUCAAUGGGAUGAUCUUGAUACAAGGAGACGUCAAGUGCAUAACAAGGAGAGUAUACCUAACCGAGGUGGUAUUUAUGAGGUUCAAGGGACAUCAACCGGGCCUUCUAUGCAUGAAUUCAAAAGGUUAGAAGGCAAGAUUGACCAAUUUCUAAAUCAAGUUAACCGGAACCCUCCUCAAGCACAAGUCAAGAUGGUGACUUCUACACCAUGUUUGCUUUGUGAGAGCCUAGCACAUUCCACUCAAGAGUGCCAUUUAUCUUCUCAAUAUCUGGAAUUUAUGGAGGAGCAUGUUAACCAAGUGGGUAGUUUUGUGCCAAAGAACCCAAGAAAUGAUCCAUACUCCAACACUUAUAACCCCGGUUGGAGAAAUCACCCCAAUUUUUCUUGGAAAGAUCAAGGUGGGGUUUCUAAUACGCACCAAGGAGGAAAACAAGGCUUUGGAGGCAACUAAGGCCAAGGAUCAUCCAAUUUCAUGCCCCAUGGCAAUGUGCACCAAGGAAACACUCAUUUUAUGCCUAUUUCUUCACAAGGGCAGCAAGCAUAUAUGCCUUAUUCUCAUGGUCAAGCCGCUUUUUCACAAGGAUUCCAAGCUCCAAAUGUCUCUCCCGGGUUUACACAAGGUGUUGGCUAUAGCGGUGGCAAGUUUCAAGGAAAUCUAGCUCAUUUCAAGGUCCAAAUCAAGGCGAGAGCUACAAUUCCCCACCUAUUCUUCAAAGCAUCCGAUUCAAGCUCUAAGUGAACCAAAGAAGCCUAAUUUUGAAGAAUUGAUGGGUGAGUUCCUCAAGGUUCAAACUUCUACCAAUGUGGAGACCAAGCAAAACAUCUCUUCACUAGCUCAAGGGUAUCAAAAUCUAGCUACAACAAAGCAUGACUAAAUUAGAGAUACAAAUGGGCCAAAUAGCAACCAAUUUGAGUGAGAGAUCAAUGGGAGCUCUUCCUUCCACAACGGAGAAGAACUCGAAGCAUGUAGCCAAGGCUAUUACUACUCUUCGAAGUGGGAGGACAUAUGACAAUAAGAAAAUAAGCGGAAUUGCGAAAACGAGAGAAAAUGGUGCGAAAUUGGAGCAAAUUGGAGUUUCCGACAAAAGGACAAAAUUGUCAAUGCGGGUCAACCGUGGUCAACGCCAUCAAGGGAGCGGAAUUCAAUUACCUCCGGUAGUAUUUGCGGAAGUGCAUUGAGAAGAGAGAAUAAAAAGAAGAAGAACCAAAAAAAGAAGAAGAGAGAAAGCAAAACAAAAUAAAGAGAAAAG